UCAUCCGGCCUCAGCGAUCAAAGCAAAAAGAGAGAACUCAGAACACAUUGUAGAUACAGCUUCAGAGAUCAGAAGAAACAGAGAAGAUAUCAUGGAGAUUUGCCUGGAUGACAAGUGGAAGCUGUCCAAGAAGGGGAACCGGAGGUCGGCGGCAGUGGCGCCGGCGGCGUCCACCCGCAGUCCAGUGGGCCUCAAGGGCCGGACAUCGAAGGGCUCGGGCAGGUCGGUGCCGGGGCGGCUGGCGAGCCUGGCCAGGGAGCAGAAGGCCAGGUUCUACAUCAUGCGGCGGUGCGUCACCAUGCUCGUGUGCUGGCGCGACUAGCCAACCCAGCCCCGGGGGCUUGCUCUGUUCUUUGGUUUGAGAGUCAGAGGUAGAAGAAACUAAGAGAUGCGCCUGAAUUUCCAUGGUCAUCCUUGGUUUGGUAGAUAGAUAUCGUAGACGAUACCAUGUGUCACAACAGAGCAGCUGCCACUGAUGUACUAUCAUCCUUAGUUUGGUAAUACUGUCGCAGCCACUGUGUGGCACUGAUCCAUACAUGAAUAUAUGAAAAUGUUGCAAUUAGCUUUCGGUUUUCCGGUCCUACUGUAUAGCUACUAGUCUGUUAACUAUGUGGAAGUUCAUAAAUGGCAAUAUAUACG